AUGUCGAACAUCUCCCGCCUGGCGGCUCGAGGGCAGCUCUCUCUUACAGCUCGUCAACAUGCCAACCUUCAAUUGAGGCGGCCAUACGCCUUGGAUAGCUUCAAUGGAAGCCGAACUACAUUUCCAAACCAAAGAUCACUUCAUUCGAAAGUUCCAUUAUCUGCUUCCUCCGAUCCUGUCCGCCCUGCACCAUUGCGAAAGCUCUUAUUUCCUGCGACCAUUCGAAAUGUCUCCGGCAAACCUCUCCCACAACACCGCAGUCGACUGGCCAAUUUUGCAUAUCGAACGGCCGCGCUGGUAGGAAGCUCCGUGGCUGUGAUUGGGGUGGGAGUAAUCGCCUUCUUCUUGUUUGACGCAUCAACGUAUCGUGAAGAUCUGAGCUAUAAAGAUAUCCAUGUGUCGGAGAUUGCCUUGAGCCCACGAAAGGGAGGACCAAAGAACUUACCCAUUGCGGAGGUACAAAUCGACGACGAUGACUCUGCCGACAUGGAAAGGCAGAAGGACAAGCCGAAGUUGGUGGUCUUGGGAGGCGGCUGGGGAAGCGUUGCGCUGCUUAAAACUCUGAAUCCAGAGGAGUACCACGUAACUGUGGUGUCACCAACAAAUUAUUUCCUUUUCACCCCUAUGUUACCUUCUGCUACAGUGGGAACCUUGGAGUUCAGAUCUCUGGUGGAGCCUAUCCGCCGGAUCGUUGCCGGAGUAAAAGGCCAUUUUAUAAGAGCUUCAGCUGAGCAUGUUGAGUUUUCAGAGAAAUUAGUCGAAUUGUCACAGACAGAUGCAGACGGAAAUGAGGUGCGAUUCUACCUUCCAUACGACAAACUUGUUAUCGGGGUUGGGUCAACUACGAAUCCACAUGGAGUCAAAGGCUUGGAGAAUUGCCAUUUCCUCAAAGAUAUCGAUGAUGCUCAGAAAAUUCGAAAUCGCAUCUUAACCAACCUGGAAUAUGCUUGCUUACCGACAACUACCGAUGACGAAAGAAGACGUCUUCUUUCCUUCGUCGUUAGUGGUGGUGGUCCAACUGGCGUGGAAUUUGCUGCUGAACUUUUUGACCUGCUCAAUGAGGACCUCACCAAACAUUUUCCAAAGAUUCUGAGAAACGAAAUCUCCGUUCACUUGAUUCAGAGUAGAGGUCACAUUCUCAAUACAUACGAUGAAUCAUUAUCCAAAUAUGCCGAAGCACGUUUCGCCCGCGAUCAAGUUGAGAUUCUCACCAACUCAAGAGUCAAGGAAGUUACGCCGAAGAGCAUCUUGUUCACUCAAAAAGGCGAGAACGGCGAGACGGUAACCAAGGAGCUUCCGAUGGGAUUUUGUCUCUGGUCAACCGGCGUGUCACAAACAGAUUUCUGCCAACGAAUCGCUGAGGCUUUGGGUCCAGCGCAAACGAAUCGUCACGCCUUAGAAACCGAUACCCAUCUUCGUCUAAACGGCACACCUCUUGGUGAUGUUUACGCUAUAGGAGAUUGUGCGACUGUUCAGAACAAUAUCGCAGACCACCUUGUAACAUUCCUCCGUACUCUUGCAUGGGAGAAGGGCAAGGACCCAGAAAAGGUUCAAAUCACAUUUUCAGAAUGGCGCGAAAUAGCUAGCAGAGUACGAAAGCGGUUCCCGCAAGCUACAGACCAUCUAAGACGAGUCGAUAAACUCUUCGCCGCAUAUGACAAAGAUCAAAGUGGUACCCUCGAUUUUGGCGAGCUUCGCGAGUUGCUCAUGCAGAUAGAUUCUAAACUUACCUCGCUCCCUGCAACCGCGCAGCGCGCACACCAACAGGGACAAUAUCUCGGACACAAAUUCAACAAGAUGGCUCGUGCCCUUCCUGGACUGAAGGCAAAUGACAUUCGUGAUGGUGAUCUCGAUGAGGCUGUUUACAAGGCCUUUGAAUACCAUCACCUUGGUAGCUUGGCGUAUAUUGGUAAUGCAGCGGUCUUUGACCUUGGACAGGGAUGGAGCACGAGUGGUGGUCUAUGGGCGGUUUACGCUUGGAGAAGUGUGUAUUUUGCGCAGAGUGUUAGUUUUAGGACUAGGAUCUUGUUGGCGAUGGAUUGGGCUAAGAGGGCGCUUUUUGGUAGAGAUGUUAUGAAUUGGUGA